GCCGCUGUGGACUGCGGGAGGGGAGUGGCAAGCGGCAGUUUCUCCCUCCCACACGCCCGGCCCGCUCUCCCCUCCUCCAGCCGCGGCAGGUCACCUCGCUGCGAGCGCGGCUUGGCGGGGCUGCUUUGCGCAGUGACAGGCAGGGGCGGCGGCGGCGGCAGCUCGCGGCUCCUCUUCUCCCCGCGGGCGGGCGGGCGCCAGGGGCGCGGACUCCGGGGCCGCUGGCGACUGGCUGCGCGGACAUUGGGAGGAGACGCGCCCGGAGGAAGGCGGGCGCUGCAACUUCUCGCCGCGGCUGCGGGCAGAGGGUGGGUGGCCGGGUCUCGCUGCCCAGCAGCGCCACAGCUCCCGGCUUCCUGUCGCCGGCUGGGCCAGAGGCUCCGGACUAUAAAUAGCAGGUUCCCCAGCUGCUGAGUGACGGGCGGCUCGAGUCUCUCUGCGCGGCAGGCUCCCUGCUCCGAGCCAGGAAGGCAGCGGAUGGUUGUGUUGCCCUCCUAUCCCUUGCAGAUUCUUCUUUCGAUUCUUCUGAGUAUUGAAUCCCCAACAACAUUAGUCUAUCUUCCUUGGAUGGUUGAAGAAUUCUUUAUGGAACCAAGAGAGAGAUGGUGUCGGCUGAAAGGAAAUCUACUAUUUCUAAUGAAAAAUAAGACCAAGAGUUCUGAAGUCUGUGAUGAUAUUCUGGAGUGAGGCUGUGUUGUAGAAUUCAGAAAUAAAAAGGAUGUUUCAGUAGUUCUCAAGUUUCAGAGCAGAGAACCAGAUCUUUACUGUGAAGCUACAUCUAAACUAGACUGUGAAUUGUGGCCUGUGGCACUUGGGGAAGCAAAUUCAGAAAGUUUGCAGAAUAAAAUUCAGCAGCUCCGGAAGUUGAUCAUGGAAAUCAAAGAGGAGAGAACAUCAGAUGAAGCACAGCACUUUCUUCCUGCAACACAGGCAGACAAUCUUAGGGAGCCUCAGUUUACAAGUAUCCAGAGGAUUGCGAAUGAGUCAAAGCUGGAGUUUGUCCUUGCCUGCAAGGAUCUAGUGGCUACUGCCCGUGAUCGGAAGCUGAAUACAUUUGUACAGAUCUCAGUUGUACAUCCAGCAGAACAGACUUUGACGAGAUAUUCAAGCACUGAAAUUGUGGAGGGAACAAGAGACCCAUUGUUUUUGACUGGUGUGACAUUCCCACUGGAAUAUCCUAUCUAUGAGGAGACUAAAAUAAAACUAACGGUCUAUGAUGUCAAAGAUAAAUCUCAGGACACGGUCCGCAUCCGUGUCCUGUCUGAACACAAGGAGUCAAGAACAGAUGUUGGGCAAAACUUUCUGGGCUUGACUACUUUUAAAGUAGGAGACUUGGUGAAGUCAAAGGAACAACAGUUGACCCUUACCCUGAGAACUUCUGAUGGUGGAAAGACAGUUGGUACCAUAGACAUCAGCCUUGUGAAGAUGGGGGAGAUAGAGGAGGGGGAAGUAGACCACAUCAUAACAGAUGUGCAGGGACAAAAGUGUGCAUUGGUGUGUGAAUGUACAGCACCUGAAGGCAUAAGUGGUAAAGACAGCUUACCUCUAUUAAAUGCAGUGUUAAAAAACCCAAUCUGUAAGUUAUAUAGAUUUCCCACAUCUGACAACAAGUGGCUGCAUAUCCGAGAACAGAUGUCUGAGAGCACUCUUUCUUUCCAUGUUCCCAAGGAAUUGAUCAAUCUGCACAUAAAGGAGGAUAUGAGAAGGAAUCAGGACCUAAAAGAGCUUGGGGAACUUGCUCCACAUUGGGACAAUAUGCGUAAAAAUGUUAUUGCACACUGUGAACAGAUGCUAAACAUGUACCAGGACACUCUUGCAGAUCUUGGGAAAAAUUCAGGAUCUUCAUUCAAAUCAAGCUGUAGUAAAGGAGAAAAGACACUAGAAUUUGUUCCAAUAAAUCUCCAUCUGCAGAGAAUGCAUGUGCACAGUCCUCGGUUGAAGGAUGCUCUGUAUGAUGUCAUCACAGUGGGAGCCCCUGCAGCACACUUUCAGGGAUUUAAGAAUGGUGGUCUACGGAAACUGUUGAGUAAAUUUGAGGCAGAAAGGCGAAAUACUGGAUACCAGUGUAUUUACUAUUCACCUGAAAACACAGCCAAGGCAAAAGAAGUUCUCAGCAACAUCAAUCAUCUACAGCCCCUCAUAUCAAGCCAUGCAGACCUGCUGCUUAAUUCUGCAAGCCAGCAUGCUCCAGACAGCUUGAAGAAUUCUUUAAAGAUGCUUUCAGAAAAAACAGAGUUAUUUGUGCAUGCCUUCAAGGAUCAGCUGGUCAGAAGUGCCCUUUUAGCGCUAUACACAGCCCGUCCAGGUUGUGUCCUCAAGAAGCCAACUGUGCCCAGAAUCAGUGUGGAAGAGUGUGGUGAUCCACAGGGUCAGAACCAUCCAUCUCAGAUCAAACGGCAGAACUCUAUACCUCAUCAUUCAGAAUAUGAUGAAGAAGAGUGGGAUAGGGUGUGGACCAAUGUGGGGAAGAGUUUAAACUGCAUUAUUGCAAUGGUGGACAGACUGCUUGAAAAAGAAGACAGCAGCAGUGGCAUUAAGGAAAGUGAAAAUGACCCUUCAUCUGCAGUUUGCAUAUCAUCUCAUACAAGUGGUGACUGGUAUGAGCAGCUUUAUCCCCUCAUAAUUACACUCAAGGACUGCAUGGGAGAGGUGGUGACAAGGGCAAAGCAAUCAAUGACUUUUGUUCUACUUCAGGAACUUGCAUGUGGCUUGCCACAGCAUUUGAUGCUGACCCUAAGAAGAGACAUCGUCUUUAGUCAAGCACUUGCUGGAUUGGUCUGUGGGUUUAUAAUCAAACUGCACACAAGUUUACAUGAUCAAGGCUUCCUACAGCAGCUUCAUAUUGUUGGGUUAAUUGUUCAAUAUGAAGGACUUCUCAGCACGUAUAGUGAGGAAAUUGGGAUGUUAGAAGAUAUGGCUGUGGGCAUUUCAGAUUUACAGAAAGUAAUGUUUAAAAUAAUUGAAGCCAAAUCCAAUGACUUCUUGCCUGUAAUAACUGGAAGGCGUGAACAUUAUGUAAUAGAGGUCAAGCUUCCAGCAAAGAUGUUUGAGUUGCUGCCACAAGAGAUCAAAGAAGGAAAGCAGCUGCAUGUGUACCCAGUCCUCUUUAAUGUUGGAAUCAAUGAACAGCAAACACUUGCAGAGAGGUUUGGAGAUACCACUUUGCAAGAAAGUGUUAACCAGGAAAAUUUUGAACUUCUUAAAGAAUAUUACAAGUUGUUUACUGAAAAAAUGCCUCCUGAUUGGCUACCACAUUUUCAAGAACAGAAUGACCUAAAGGAAUUACUAGAAAAUCUCCAUCAAAAUAUCCAGGCCAAAAAAAGAAAGAAUGUAGAAAUCAUGUGGGUGGCUGCAACGAUUUGUCGUAAGCUUAAUGGAAUCCGUUUCACCUGUUGCAAAAGUGCCAAAGAUAGGACAUCCAUGUCAGUGACACUAGAACAGUGCUCAAUCUUGAGAGAUGAACAUCAACUGCACAAGGACUUCUUUAUCCGGGCACUGGAUUGUAUGAGAAGAGAAGGAUGCCGCAUAGAGAAUGUACUGAAGAAUAUCAAAUGCAGAAAGUAUGCAUUCAACAUGAUACAGCUGAUGGCUUUCCCAAAGUACUACAGACCACCAGAGGGGACAUAUGGAAAAGCUGAUACCUAAGUUAAUAAUGUAAUAAGAAACACACAUCUAUCCUAAUUAGAUAAUAUAAAAAUUGCUGUUUGUGUGUCAUGAAUUGGGAGUGUGUAACAAAACCGGGAGUUAUCUUGGUCAGCAAUCAGUGGAUCUAUUUUAAAUUAAAAUAACUGUAGUCCGUUACUAUGAAAGAAAACCUUAAUUAUUGUCUGAUUAAUGCUUGAGUGUUCUCAGAACCAAGUAUAUACAGACCUUGAUACUAGGCUCUAAUUUAAUCAGAUUUCAGAAAGUAGUAGAAUUGGGUGUCAUAAAUAGCUUGAUGGAAGACCAAAAAGGGAAAUGCAGAUUGCUGCAGGAAUUGAUGUUAGUGAUUCCAUAGGGGGGCACCCUGAGUCUGUACUGGUGCUAUUCCUGAGUACUGUGUAAAGUGGCACCAUCCUGCUGGAGGUGAUGUCUUCUGCAUCAGGCGUAAAACAGAGAUCCGGGUCCCUUGUGGUCAAAGACCCCCUGGCGUUCUUUCCAAGGCGUGUUAAUCUCGGUCUGGUGGCCAUAUUUAAAUUUGGUAAUUACAUUCUGCUUCUCUGUAGAAGUUUGGUAAUUGCAGCUUGUAAUUUGAAGUUUGGUUAUUACAUAAUGUAACUGCAGUUUGUAAUUUGGUAAUUGCAUUCUGCCUCUCUGCAGUUCCGGUUGGAUAUAUUAUUCUUGGCAUUCUGUGCUAGAGUCAAAUCCUACUCAUUUUAUUUAUGUGUUUGUCUCAGUGGAGUCAGAGGGGUUACUGAAGUGAGUAAAGUGACCCACAUUUGCCCCUUAGACAUUACUGGGCGUUUCUGUGCUUCAUUUUAGUGCUGGGUGAUGUGAUUCCUAUGUAUCAGAGGCAAUAUAGCUCUUUAGGAUGGAAUUACUUACAUGUACAGUUUUGUUAAUUUUUAUACAGCACAAAGCCCAACAUAAGCAUAAUAAUGAGGGUAAAUACUCCUUAAUCUGCUACAUUGUGGCUAGUUAGCUGAUUUUCUAUAACAUGUAUAAUGCAAUAUGGAGGCAAAGGCUACUCUUCAGCCAUAACUGAAUUUUAGUGCUGUUACCAGCUUGUCACUCCUAAAUUUAUCUUCUAGACAUCACAGGGUUUUUAAUCACAUCAGUUAAUUAUAUUCCCCCCCCCACCAAAAACAAAACAAAACAAAACAAAAAAUCACUCAGUGAUGACUGACAUUUGUAUAGCACCUUCACUUUGGAGAUAAAAUAUUUAGGGCAGGAAGAUAAGAAUUUUAUCCAAGUAAAAUGACAUUGGAAAUUUAAGAUACCGAAGGUGAAGUGUAAUUACCAAAUUCAGAAUUUGGCCAAGAUGGAGAGAUUAACAUCUGCUGCCCCCGCUAGUAUAGGAGUCACAGAAGUACUGGGGCAUAAUGAACUAUAAAAUACUCCUUUCAAUCCAUUGGGGUAUGUUGUGUAAAUCUGUAUUUGUACUAAUAAAAUAUAUAUUUAAGACUGUAA